AUGCAUUCCUGGAAUUACUUCCGGAUACUUGCGCAGCUCCUCUUCCUCCUCUCCCUCUAUAACGCACGCCACACUGUAUCAUGGGAAACGUGUCCAACAGACUCCAACUUUACCACCAACAGCACCUACCAUUCCAACCUCCACCUCCUCCUCCCGUCCCUCACCUCGGCCACCGUCUCCUCCGGAUACGCGAACAGAUCUGCAGGGAGUUCCCCAGACCAAGUCUUCGGCCUGGCGCUUUGCCAACUCGACGUUUCUCAAGAUAAAUGCCAAGCUUGCCUCGCCACCGCCGUCGACACCCUCCAUAGUCGCUGCUCCUACGCAAAAGAUGCGGCUACCUGGGGAGAUCACUGCUUCCUUGCUUACUCCAACACAAAUUUCUUGGCCGAGAGCAACAAAUCAUCCUUUUACCAAAUCUUAUACAACGUAGGAGAAGUUUCGGAGACGUCGAGAUUCGUGGAUCUGGUGGGGGAAUUGAUGAAUGCCCUCAUCAACUGGGCUGCCUACAAGACGGACAGCAUGUUCGCCAUUGGACAAGCCAACUUUACGAGCGACACCAAUCUGUAUGGAUUGGUGCAGUGCACCAGGGAUCAGUCUGAUGAUGACUGCUUUCAGUGUCUUCGGCAGUCGUUGGCUUCAAUGCAGAGUUGUUGCUGGAAAAACCAGGGAGGAGUGGUGUUGAAGUACAGUCCCGACAUCUCCACUGCCUCCGCUGUCAUCUGCACUCUCUUCGGCACCUCCGCCUGGAGCUACAGCGAAUCCACCGCCUCCGCCUGCUGUGGUGGACUCCAACUCUUCGUCAUCAUCAGCGAGAGAUGCAGGAAAAAAGCAGAACUCUAA